CCCGUUUGCUGGCUCACUCUUUCCAGUUCAGAAACUCCACUCACUCUCUGAAUCACGAGGUAUGUUCUUCUUAUCUUACUGACAAGUUGGAUCUCGUCCUCCUUUUUUCACUUCCCCCAUUUUUCUGUGAUCGACUCCAAUGGCGGCUUAGUUUCGUUGUUAUUUGUCUAGUUCGCAUGAUUCUCUUCUCCUUUGCUGCCUAUAAUUGUGACGGGAAUAAGCAAGCAAUUGAAGGAUAUUAGGUUUUUGUUGCUUUUUUUGUGUGUGAUUUGUUUCGUGUAUGUUGCUGGUUAUCAUGCUCUACAUCUUGUUUAGUGAUCUUGUAACUUCCGUCAUUGAUUUUUAUGUGUAACUGCAGUUUAUUUUGCGUCUUGCUUUUCCAGCAUUAUUUGGAGGUGACAUGGAAUCUCAUUUAUCUAGUUUGCUUGUUUAUUAUAUUUAAUUUAUCUUGUUUGUUGUUAAAAGUACUUAGCAAGUUUAGAUAUUACUCCCUCCCUCCCAAAUUAAUUUGCAAAAUUUGACUUUUUGGGUCAAACAGUUUCAUUUUAGUCAAUUAAUUAGGAUAACAAUUCUUAAUUAAAUUUUAAUUUGGAAUUUGGAACCAUAGAUUUUAAUGUAGUUUCUGAAUAUGUAAAUUUUAAUUAUUAAAAUUGAAUUAUUAUGCAUAGGGAGUAUUUAACUUUGCAAAAUAAAUUGAGAGGGAGGAGGUAGUACAUUACUACUCCGUAUUAUACUUUACAAGAAUUUUCAACUGGAGAAGGGGUGCGGUCUGUAAUAGUACAAAUCUGCGGCCUAAACAGGCAUUGUUUCCGUAUAGAUCAAGUUUAGAUCUAUAAUUAUCAAAUGUUUUACGAUACGUCUUCCUAAAAUAGCUUUAAAAUUUACAAAGAUGAUCUGUAAUCCCUGUUCAUUCAUGCUCCGUUGAAGGCUUGAAGCCAAAUGUGAAUAUUAUGUGAUCUGUGAAGUACUGAAUUGUUGUUGUUUCAUUAAUAAAUGUUCGAACAGUUUGUAUCGCUAUAGUGGCUGACUUGUCUUUUUCUCAUAAAUUUGAAUUACUGGUCUUGUUGUUACAGAAAAAGACAUAAAAAACACCAGAAGUUGGCAGUAUAUGUUAUGGUGCCUUUGCAUGCUUGUGGGGUUCUUAGUGCCGUUUAGCAAGUGUUAUUAGGCUGAAAGUACUGAAUUUUCUGAAAGGAUAAGCCGUUGGUAAACCUCAUUUCAGCUAAAUAAGUUCUCAGUUUUUCCCGUAGUGUACGGCUAAGAUGCCUGAGUCUGAAUUUGAAAUGGAGAAAGAAAAUCUAUCUAUUCUGGUUCCACAUGGAUUGAACUAUGAUGAUGGAAUGAAUAUUGCAUUAGAAAAGGAACUGGAAUUGACCAGAGCAAACCUAAUGGCUUCAGAGCAAGAGGUCGCAAAGUUAAAGGCUAACCUGUCCGAAGUGAUAUCUGAAAACGCUCAUCGGUUAAAGACCCAAGCUUCUCAGCAGAGACUUGAACUGUCAAAUUCAUCUUCUACUAUCAGCUUUUUAGAGAAAGAGCUAGAUAUGACUAAACAGGAACUUGAGAGAUCAGAAGAGGAGAAUUACAUGUUAAAAGCGCAACUUGAUUCUGUCAAAAGCCAUGUUUGGGAACUUGAGAGAUCAGAGGAAGAGAAUUACAAGUUAAAAGCUCAACUUGAUUCUGUCCAAAGCCAUGCUUUGGAACUAGAGGAAAAGUACAGUUCCAAUAUAAGGAAAGUAUAUUCUGAGAACGAAAAGCUCCAAUCUGACAUAUCUGGUUUGUUCGAAAAGCUAACCUUAAUGCAGGUGAAGAAGGAAGAACUAGAGAUGGGAAACAAAGCAUUAGAAGAGGAGCUCAUUCUUUGCAAAGUAGAAGAUGUGUGCUUACAAGCAGACCGUAAAUGCUUGGAAAAUGAACUUGAUGCCCUCAAACUGAAUUUAGACAUGCUAAUGACUGAAAGAUGUGAGAUUAACACAACACUCUCAUCCAGAAAUGGACAAAUUCAAGAACUGCAGUCCAAAUGUUCAGAUCUAAAUGCUGUAAUAGAUGAACUGAGAUUGAGAGUGAAGGAGUUGGAGGGAGAAAUAGAUAGGCAGGUAGGUGUGAUAUCAGAUAGGGAAGAAGAAAAGAGGGGGGUGAUAAGGCAACUUUGCUUCUCACUUGAGCAUUACAGAAAUGGAUAUCAGGAGUUGCUGCAUGAGUUAAGUGUUGAGAAAAAAAGGGGCAAUGAUCAUUGUUCCUUUAUGUGUUUUCCUUGAUAUUGUGUUGGGUUACCAACAUUUAGAUAUAUGAUUGCCAUUUGUUGUAUUUCUUUUUUUUUUCUCUCAGCGGAGUUAUAAACCAUUAUUAGUUUAAAGGUUUGCUGAUGUGUAACCCAGAGACUUGAGUUAUAUUCUAUUCUUUUUUCUUCAAAUUAUAUGUGAUUGUUGUAUUGCUCAUUUCAAACUCAGGUUGUUUGAAUUUAAUUCAAAAAACUGAUUUUGCUCUUUGC